UAAAAAAAUAUAUUUGGGACGCACCGGAAGGGCUUCUGUAGCCGGAAAUGACGCGAUAUGUUUGCCAUCAGCGCUUGCGAACAGAAGAGAAGCUACUUCUUUAGCCUUGUUUUAUCUGCGCCAUAUUUAAACACCUAGAGUUCUUACACAAGCUGUAAUGGUUUGACUAAACCUCCUAUAACCCUUAAGCCCCGCAAGAGGAGUCCGACGCUGUUCCCAAAGCCUCCGAGCAGGAUGUCCAGCCGCCUGGCCUUCCAGACCCAGCUGGCCUCCAUUAUGGAGGUCCUGGCUAACGCAGCAGUGGCGGAGAUAUGCAAGCUCGUGGACGACGACUACGCCGUGGUCAGCCUGCAGAUGUCCCAGUGCCAGAGGGAGAACAAGGCCCUGAAGAGGAAGCUGCAUCUGCUGGAGCUGAAGAUGGCCCGGGGAAACGCCGAGAGGAGGCUUCGGGAGAGCGUCAUGAACGGCAGCCGGGCGAGGGUGCAGAUCCACAGCAGCGACAGGCUCCGGGAGCCCUCGCCUUCCCCCGUUGGUGUUUUUGAGCAACGGAUGGCUGUAGCCCUGUGGUCUGGUAGAGCUGCGGCAGGGGUUGCAAGCAGCAAGCCGAUCCAUUCUGACAGCAUCCAGAGUAAGUCUCCAGACGUAGAGCUAGUUGAGCCAGAGACGGUGCUGGUGAAGGAGGAGAUGGUGGAGGCAAACAUGUCACAAGUUGAAGAAAUAGAGGAAGACGUGCCGAUUAUAGGAGAUGAUGGACUGCUGGAGUGUGUCCCUCGACAACAUGCAGGACAGAGACCCAGCCUUGAACUGCAGGACACCCAGUCCACUUCCAGUCAGCCCCAGAACCAGGGCAGCAGGACGAGGCGUACCGGCAGCAGCAGAGGAGCGGAGAAAGAGGAGGAGCCCGUUGUCAUGCUGGUGAAGCUGGAGGAGGAGGAGCAGGUGACGAGGACUCAGAACCAGACAGGCCUCAACAUACAAGAGGGGUUGGUGGAGUCGAGCACGGAUGACUACAGAGCAGUUUUGCCGUUCGAUGACAUCGCACAAACUUCCACCAAUCAGCUGUCUGACCUGCAGGAGUCUGGGCCAGGCUUCUCAGAGUAUGCAGCACCUCAGUCGAUGCCUGUGAUAUCGCAAGACCACAGCACUACAGUAGCAGUCCAGCUGAGGGUAUCAGACACCAACACACCCGCCAACCCCAAAACACAAGAACAGAAGAGAUCCAGUACCAGCAACCCCGACAACUCUGAAUACUCCCUGUUUGAACUAGAGACAUUCUUCACUCGCUGGGCUCCUGAUAGUGACUCUAUUCCGGCCCGCAGUGGGCCUUCAUGUUCUUUCACCACUGAUGACCCAGCAGAGUGUGACCUGGAUGGAGUUAUUAUUGUGAAAACCGAACCACAACCUCAGUCUAUGCUUCAGCCACCGCAAGGCUCAGUUCCCACAGCAGUGAGGAUGAGCAGAGGGCAGAGUUUCUCCUCCGUUCCGAUCCAGCCAACUGUGUCACAAGAGACUUCUGUGUCAAUACCUGUGUCGAUGCACGCUCUGUCUUCCCAGUCUCCAUGGAGCAAAAAGACUGUCAUGAUAAGAAGUACAAAGGCUCAGCUGCUGCGGCAUCGUGACAGCAACAGGAUCUCUCAGCAACAGCAGAGCGUUCCCUCUGCGCAGACCACAUUGUCCACCGCAACAGCUGCUGUCAAUAACCCCCACAGAGGUGACAAAACAAGAAUCUCUAGUUUUAGUUCAAUCACGAAGACUAUGAGCUCCAGAACGUCUCCCUCAAUCAGGGGAUCCACAGCGGUGUUGGCCAGCCGUGAGGUGGACAUCGUUGAGCAACAUCGAGCCGGCCUCCUGGCUUGCCACAACCAAAGCCAGACUGACAGCAUUGUGCCCUGCGAACCGCGGAGGAAAAGCUACAUAUGCCGAGCCUGCGGUAAGGCCUUCUCCGGCUUGUCCAAUCUGGAGGCCCAUGAGAGGGUCCACACGGGGGAGAAACCUUUCCGCUGUGACACCUGCGGGAAGCGCUUCUCGGAGGCUGGCAACCUGAAGAAGCACCAGAGAGUUCACACCGGGGAGAAACCCUUCAGCUGUGACCAAUGUGGAAAGAGGUUCGCUUGGAUCUGCAACCUGAGGACGCACCAGCAAUCCACUACAGGCUGCGGACCACAGGCCAUGGGAAGGCUCGGACUGGGCUGAUCACAGAGUAGAGAGACUGUGGGGGGCAGGGCAGUUAAUGUUAGUAGUAUUUUAUUCACACACAUAGAGGCAAAAUGCCAUUUCUUCAUUUCUAAAUAGUAAUAAGGCAACAAUACAAAGUGUUAUACAAAGUAUGAAGCAGUAACCAUAUUUACCUAUUUUGUCUUUCAUCCUUUCCAGAUGUUUUGUGUCUCUGAUGUUUGAUGAAACACUGUACAACUUUAAGCUCUCAGUUAAAAGAUCAAACCAGUGUUUUUCAUUGGCUACAGAUCAUAUGUUCUUAACAUUCCCACUGACUGUUUACCAAAGUAGGUAAAGUUGUGUUAGAGUGUGAACGGACGGGUUGUGCUAGGUAGUCACUGCAUUGCUCCUUUCACAUUUUACUGUAUGUUGCCUUGUUUUUUACUGCAAUAUAUAAGUCCUGCCCCUCUAUGGAAACAGCACAAUCAUGGCAAAAAAUAUAUGUUGUGCAGCGAUACACAGCUACCAUGCCAUAAAUCAUAAAAUAGAAAAAAAGCAAGUUGAAUUUCCUUGGUCAUUUAUUUUACAAAAAUUGGAAAACAGUUGAAUCUAUAUAUCAAAGAUUUAUCCAAGUGCCCACGAGUGUUACCAAUGUUGCAAAGAAAUGGAGCCUCUACAUGCUAUAUUCAUUGAGCUAUUUACAUUUUUACAACCUCUUCUGCUGUCCUCUCCUCAAAGCACUGUGCUGAGCAGCCUGAACCAUUUGAAGUUUCCUCACAUGUCUCUCCUGCCGUGUAUUACUAAUA